UUCGGGACUCUCCUCAGAAUUGCACUACCAUCGACGCGACGUCUACAAGACUAGCCUUUCUACCCACAAGGAAAAAUCUGCUUUUUACAAUGAUUCUGCGAUGAGUUCUACAAACUUUGCCGCUGCUCAGGAGCGGGUUUUGGAACGCCGCCGUCUCCGUGAGGCCGAAGCUUGCUCCAGACUUGCCGAACAGCAACGAUCUCACCCUUUCAAUCAUGCCGCGCUUCAAAAUCUCCCAUACCCUCUCAACAAGCUACCGUCGUCGGGAAUCUCUAUAUGGAAUGCUAUAAGAGGCCGGGAAGGCCUGAGACCGGCUUAUCGCGUUGGCCAGGUGGAUGCCGAGUUGCUGGAUGAGGAGUUACUGGGGCUGCUCAAAGGACAAGUUGGCGAUGCAUUGAAGUACUAUGGUCCUCAAACGCGUGAAGAUUGGUCUCACGAGAUCCAAUUGGUCCUCCGAGCAGCUCUGUUCAAGCUCUCAAUCUGGGAUCAUGAUGCCUCGUAUGGCGCGGCUUUGCAGAAUCUGAAAUACAUCGAUAGUCGUAGCAAAGGUCCUGUGCACUCGGCCCCUACCAGGUGGCAGAAAUCUUUGUAUGGUCUCCUCACCGUUGGGGGUCGCUAUGCUUGGGGAAAGUGGGAAAGUUGGUUGAUUGACCAAGAAAGUGGAUAUGAUGAGCCAUCACGAGAAGUACGAAUGCUCUCCCGGAUGACUGAUCUCGUGUCCGCAACCCACUCGAUCGCCGCAUUCAUCUCAUUCUUGGUAUUCUUGGUCAAUGGUCGGUACCGAACCCUGGUAGAUCGCAUUCUUCGCAUACGCUUGAUGCCGCCAUCUGCACAAGCGAGCCGCGACGUAUCAUUCGAGUAUCUGAACCGGCAGCUUGUUUGGCACGCAUUCACUGAGUUUCUUCUGUUCCUCCUACCAUUGGUUGGCAUAAGCCGAUGGCGAAGAUGGCUGUCCAGAUUAUGGAAAAGAGCAGUGUCUGCACUCAAGUCAGGCAAUGAGGAUGACGAAGAAGCUGGGAAACAGGGUGAACUUGGAUUCCUUCCGGAGAGAACAUGUGCGAUCUGUUACAGGGACAAUAACCCUACUGCUGCAACAGAAAGUGACGCCUUUGCAGCUUCAGCUUUAUCGGGAGGGAUCAUCGGAUCUGCUCAAACCGAUAUCGCCAACCCAUACGAAGCAGUUCCUUGUGGCUGUAUAUAUUGCUUUGUAUGCAUCGUGCAGAAGCUCGAAGCUGAAGAGGGAGAAGGCUGGAUCUGUCUCCGAUGCGGUGAGAUUGUCAAGAAGUGCAAGCCGUGGAAUGGCGAUGUGCUAGAAGACAUGCGUCCCCAAUCAAGUUCGGGUAAAAUUGUGGGUUUCGCUAUGGAUGGCAAUGCAGACACGGACGGCAACCGGAGGGGAAAGGAGUCAGAGCGACAUGUGGACACAACGACCACAUCGUCAGAGUUAUCAUCAGAUGAAUUGAUUCAUGAUUCCAGCUGCUGAUCUACGAUUGAGAAGAACUCUGUCGAAGGAUUAGACACCAAACAACCUGAAUACACAAAUUGAGCGGCUCUUGGUGCGGUACGAAGAUCUGGGAUGACCCAACGAGCUUCAUAUAUUGACGGCAUGUGACUUGUGACGGUGACUCAAUUUAAGUAACUACCAUUGAAG